AUGUUAAAUCGACAUUGGUUUAGGCAACCAUAGUUGCUAGUUUAAAAUCAUCGAUAAUUAUGCUGCAGAACUGCCUUAGCUUUAUUGUUCUCGUUCUCGUGAUGAAAAAAGCAUCGGCCAAGCCAAACGUUCUUAUAUUUCUUGUGGAUGACAUGGGAAUCGGAGAUGUGGGUUGUUUUGGUAAUGACACGAUUAAAACUCCAAACAUUGAUCGGUUGGCUGAACAAGGAGCUCGCUUGCGACAUGAUGUGACGCCAGAUUCAAUCUGCACACCAAACAGGGCCGCAUUUCUUACAGGAAGAUAUCCCAUACGAUCUGGACUGGCUGCAAGCAGAGGCCAAUUAAGGGUUUUAGUUUUCACUUCGGCUUCCGGCGGUCUGCCUCAAAAUGAAACAACAUUCGCUGAGAUCGCAUCUGCUGCUGGCUACAGAACAGGGGUCAUAGGGAAGUGGCAUCUUGGUCUUCAUUCCUCUUCAAACUCAGACUUUCAUUUCCACCCUCUGAAACAAGGUUUUCAUUAUUUUUAUGGUCUGCCAUUAACCAACCAUAACUCUUGUCUCUUCGGCGGUAAGCACCCCAAAUCGCUUACAUCUCGAGGACUCACACCAGCAAAAAUUCUCAUAGCGGCUUCAGUGGUUGCAAUAACAUCGUUCAUUGGCUACUUUGCUGCCUGGUUGAACAAGAGCACCUGUGCGCUUUUGUUAACAACAAUCUUGUUACUUAGCAUUACUAUUUUAAGGUACGACAUGAUGAUAGCUCGAUUCAACUGCUUUGUAAUGAAAAAUUACGAGACUGUGGAACAACCUGUCAUUUUGGAGAGUCUGACUGCACGGUUCACAGAUGAAGCUGUUAACUUUAUCCGUGCAAACCGAGACAGGCCCUUUCUGUUGUACAUGUCAUUUGCGAAGGUACAUACAGCCCUGUUUAAUACACCAGCAUUUGUCAAUCACAGUGUUCAUGGUCGCUAUGGUGACAAUGUAGAGGAAAUGGAUUGGAGCGUGGGCCAGAUUAUGGCUGCUGUGGAGAAACUUGAUUUGAGAGAAAACACAUUUGUGUAUUUCACAUCUGAUAAUGGACCUCACUUAGAAGAAGUUAGUAACACAGGUGAAUACCAUGGUGGCUGGAACGGGAUUUUCAAAGGAGGGAAAGGACAGUGUUGGGAUGGUGGGGUGAGGAUGCCUACAGUAGUAUCAUGGCCAGGUCACAUUCCAGCUGGGAUCUCAAUUGAUCAGCCCACCAGUUCUAUGGACUUAUUACCUACAGUUGCCAAACUAACUGGCGCAGAUCUUCCACAGGACAGAGUUAUUGACGGAAAAGAACUCUUACCACUAUUGACGAACCAGACACAGGAAUCUUCCCACGAAUUUAUCUUCCACUAUUGUGGAAAUCAGAUCCAUGCUGUUCGUUAUCAUCCUAAGGACAGUGACACUGUCUGGAAAGCUCAUUUUGCGACGCCAAAAUGGACUGAAGGAACAGAAUCGUGUAUUGGAAAAAGAAUAGUUUGUGGGUGCUUUAAAGAGCACGUGAAAAUUCAAGAACCUCCACUUCUUUUUGAUGUGAGCAAUGAUCCUUCAGAGAGUUUCCCCAUUGCUUCAGAUAGACCAGACUACCAACGAGUAGUGAGAGAUAUUUACCCUGCUCUCCAAGCACAUAAGCAAAGCAUUGCAAAUGUCCCCAGCCAGCUUGGACCCAAGAAUUCCUUUCAUCCCUUAUUGCAAAUGUGUUGUAAUUUUCCCUUCUGUAGUUGUGAGGAAACUGGAAGAAAACUUGAACAUUAUCCUAACUAGGUUAAUAAACUCAAAUUUCCGGAUAGAUGUUGAUCAACUCAGAACUUCUGAAAUAGAAUCACAGGCAGACCACACUAAACUAUGUGUUCGUGGUUAAUAAUCGUUGACAUGAGACGAACAAAAUCUAUGAGGGUUGUGAAUAAAGCUCUGAAAAUUGCAUAUCUUUGUAACAUCUCGGUCUGAAUAUCUCAAUAAAGUUAAAUCGAAGCGCGGUUUG